UAGGUCCCUAGUGAGAUUUCUCUCCCAGGUACCUGCUGCCAUGGUGUUUGGCUAGAGUUUCCACUGGCAGUGUUGCCCACGACUUGCUGGCCCCAGUCUUCCUAUGUAGGAUCUACCCUGCCAAGGCUUUGUGCUUAGGACAAAUCCUGUCUCCCCCUAGGGAUCUGCAGUGUCUCUUGGCUCUUAGGUGGCAGGAAAACCAAGACAGCUGGGGGUUGGAAUGUACGACAUCAGGGACAGGCCAGAGGGAGGCUAGAGCUGGAAUUGGUUAUCCCUGCCACCAGAAACUAUGUGCAUGUGCUGGGUCACCCAAGGGAAGUCUUGCAGUGCUCAUAACUUCUGGGUCUCUGUGGCCACUUUUCAGAGUAUCUUCUUUUGCCUGUGGGCUUGGCCCCCUCUGAUUUACAGGGGCUGCUGGUAGGUGCUGCUGCUGCUGACCUGUGGGGAGGAGUGCCAUUGCCUAGUGCCUCCUCUCCCCGUGAAGAUCAUUGGCAUGGUGAAUAGCAGCACUCAGUGGGUAGAUCCUGGGCCUGUGGAUAAGGAAGGUCAGACGCGAAACAAGAGUCAGACAGACCUGUCUGAAAAGUCAGCACGGUUGCUGAAAAUUGCCAGUUUGAUCUGCUUAACUGCCUGUUUGAUGUUCUGCAUCCAUCUCAGACCCCUGGGAUACCUCAGAGUUAGUGGUGGCUGUGGUGGUUUGGGGCAGACCCUGGUCAAUCAGGAUUAUCACUGUCAGGCUGAUGGUGGGCCUGGAGAUGAAGUUGACAGCUGCAGCUGUCAGAAGAGCGCCUGUGUGGUGUUUCUGUGCAUCUCCAUUCUGCAGAUAAGACCAGAGGCAUAACCAGGGUGAGCAGUCUAGUAAAUAAAUAACAACAAGGGAAUCCAGGGUCAGCCUGUGUCCAAGCCUUUGUUCCUGCUGUACCUUUUCUAGAAUGUACCUAGCCUAAUGGUGGUGGGAGCUGAGAACAGCUUGAUGAGUAGCAGCUCCAUGAGACUGAAUUGAGGGCCUUUUGGACUGAUGUGGAUCCUCUCCCACCCACCAAGCUUCAUGGGAGCCAUGUUCUGAGAAUGAGAGCACGCCUAUUCAGCAGCUCUUGGAGCACUUCCUCCGCCAGCUUCAGAGAAAAGACCCUCAUGGAUUUUUUGCUUUUCCUGUGACGGAUGCGAUUGCUCCUGGAUAUUCAAUGAUAAUAAAACAUCCGAUGGACUUUGGCACAAUGAAAGACAAAAUCAUAGCUAAUGAAUACAAAUCAGUCACAGAAUUUAAGGCAGAUUUCAAACUGAUGUGUGACAAUGCAAUGACCUACAAUAGACCAGACACUGUAUACUACAAGUUAGCCAAGAAGAUCCUCCACGCGGGCUUUAAGAUGAUGAGCAAAGAGCGGCUGUUAGCUCUGAAGCGCAGCAUGUCGUUUAUGCAGGACAUGGAUUUCUCUCAGCAGGCGGCUCUCUUGGGCAGCGAGGACAUGGCCGUUGAGGAGCCUGUUCCUGAGGUUGUCCCAGUGCAAGUAGAAACUGCCAAGAAAUCCAAAAAGCCGAGUAGAGAAGUCAUCAGCUGCGUGUUUGAGCCAGAAGGGAAUGCCUGCAGCCUGACGGACAGCACUGCGGAGGAGCACGUCCUGGCGCUAGUGGAGCAUGCAGCCGAUGAGGCGCGAGACAGGAUCAACAGGUUCCUGCCAGGAGGCAAGAUGGGCUACCUGAAGAAGCUGGGCGACGGAAGCCUGCUGUACAGUGUGGUGAAUGUGGCCGAGCCUGAUGCCGAUGAAGAGGAGACGCACCCUGUGGACCUGAGUUCACUCUCCAGUAAGCUGCUCCCGGGCUUCACGACACUGGGCUUCAAAGACGAGAGGAGAAACAAAGUCACGUUCCUCUCCAGCGCCACCACUGGCCUCUCCAUGCAGAAUAACUCUGUGUUUGGUGACUUGAAGUCAGAUGAGAUGGAGCUGCUAUAUUCGGCCUACGGGGAUGAGACGGGUGUGCAGUGUGCACUGAGCCUGCAGGAGUUCGUGAAAGAUGCUGGGAGCUACAGCAAGAAGAUGGUGGACGAUCUGCUGGACCAGAUCGCAGGUGGAGACCACUCUCGGAUGCUCCUCCAGCUGAGGCAGAGGAGAAACGUGCCAGUGCGAGCUGCGGACGAAGUGAAGGUUGGGGACUCUCUGGGAGACAGCGGUGGCUCCGUCCUGGAUUUCAUGUCGAUGAAGUCAUACUCUGAUGUCUCCCUGGACAUCUCCAUGCUUAGCUCUCUGGGGAAGAUGAAGAAGGACCUGGACCAUGAUGAUGGCCACUUGAACCUGGACGAGACAGCGAAGCUCCUGCAGGACCUGCAUGAAGCACAGGCAGAGCGAGGCGGCUCCCGGCCAUCCUCCAACCUCAGCUCUCUGUCCAAUGCUUCUGAGAGGGAGCAGCACCCCCCAGCUUGGCCUGGGGAGUGCUGGCCUGUCUGUACCGGCGUGCCUCGUGUCAGGCACAAGGGGGCCCAGCAUUGCCGCUGUACCAUCACUUGGAGAGCACAGCGGUGCGGCCUGCAGCCUGCCAUGCCCCUCUGCAGUGCCUCUAGCACCAGCCAGCUGGGCCCUUCCACUCCAGUGUGGACCACAGGCAUGGAGGGCAGGCUGGUGGGCAGCCUGCAUCUGUGCCUGCCAUACCUCGGAGGGAUGUGUUGCACCGGAAGACAGGCAACAACUGCCAUGGGAUCACCGUUAAGCACAGCGAGACAUCCAUGCCCUGAUGUGUUUGUUGGUUGCCUGUGUGUACCACAGACUGCCCUGGACACAGAUGCCAAUAAAGUAGAGACUCCGAGCUGGCGAGCACAUGCUUGUCCUGCCCAGCUGUGAUGCAGCACACCUGUGUGUUCCACAGACCGCCCUCAUGGUGGGAAUGGGAGCGUGAAGAACCCGCCGUCUGGGGGCGGGGUGAGGACAGAUGCUUGGUCCCCAGAGGAGGCUGUGAUGGACCCGUGGCCAGCGCCCAGUGCCAGAGACCAGCAUGGCUGCCCGAGACAGGUGAGAGGUGGCUGGGCGCUAAGGAGCCUCGCAAAGGCUUCUCUGGAUGUUGGCGAAGGAGCCUGAGAGCCAUGUGACAAGUCAGGUGGGGCCAGGCUUAUACCCCAGAGGAACAGUGUCCUCACGGGGCCUAGAGGCCAGAGCUCGGCCACACUUUCAGCCGCUAUGCCCUGGCCCUGCUGCUCUGUGGUUCUGCAACUCACACCCCACCCCUGAGCCACCACCGGAGCAGGGCUCCUGGAGCAGCAGUAUUGGAGUCACGUGCUGCGCUGGCCAGGCCUCAGCAGGACCGAGGCUGGGGCUCCCAGACGGAGACAGCCGUGUUCCGCAGCAGGUCCCGAGGACAGGAGCCACUGCCGCUGUGAAGUGUCCACACUCAGCAGACAUAACCACCGUGUGAUGCAGACUGGGUGCCUCUGGGACAGACAGCGAGGCCAAAGCUGGGGUUGUGGGGAGCACGCGCACCCCCUGUGGGCAGUGUCUAACCCUGCAGAUGGGAAGGGCCACACCGUCCACUGUACUCUUGCCACGAGUACAGAUGGAGAGGCAAGGACACGGCGUUCCUCAUGCCUCUCCUUGAAGAGGGAAAGGCCAGUGGCCCAAGGGCAUUUGUAGCUGUAGCCAGACAUGCUGGAUGACAUGCCUGCAGUCCCAGCUGCCUUGGGAAGCUGAGCAGGAGGAUGGCAGAUUCAGCCCUGUUCUGGGCAGCCUAGUAACUUAGUAAGAACCUGUCUCAAAGGGUUUGGGAUAUAACUCAGUGUGAAGGCCUUGGGUUCAAACUUCAGUGCGUCCCCCAAAAACCAUUUUAUUUUCAAUUUUGUAAAAUGUGUACCAUAAAGCUUAGCAUUGAUUGCUCUAAGGGGCACGGUCAAGUGGCCUUAAA